AUGGCAACCUGGACGUUCAGCCCGUCCUGCUACCGCCUGCAGGACAUAGAGUACGACUGGGUGACGGCCUGGCUGAAGUGCCAGGAGCUGGGAGCACACCUGGCCAUAGAGAGGGACACGGACGAACACUUGGGGCUCUCUCAGUACCUGCAGGGGCUGGGGAGGACGGAGGAUUACUGGAUCGGCGGGAGGAAGACUCUGGACACUGCACCGCUCUCACACUCGUCCUUCCAGUGGAUAACAGAGUUCAGAGGUACACAGAACAAGUGUCAGGGCGGCUCUGAUCGGGUGAACUGCACGGAGAUGGGGGUAGGGCUGACGUGUGAGGUGCUGGGCUGCUGCUGGGACAACACCACCACCACCCCGGGACUACCCGCCUGCUACUUCCCCUACCUUGCAGUUGCCGCUAUAACCCUGGUGGUGUGCCUGCUUCUCUUCCUCCUGGGCUGCCUGCUAGCGUAUCUCAUCAGCGGCUUGGAGCCCCAUCUCCAUGUACAGGGGGAAGUCAUCCCGGGUCUGGUGAUGCACUUAGAUUACCCAGGAAGCUUUGCAUGUCCUGUCAUACAUCCGGGACAUUCUGGGAUGCUUGAAGAGUGA